AGAGCAGUCUGUUCUUUACCACGGAUCCGACGUGUAUCUUUUUUCUUGCACUAUCAAAUUCCUUUUUGCACUUUGCAUUGAUGAAUACAUAAUCGAAAUCGUUACAAUAACUUUUUCGGCGUGAAUUAACCAUAACAAAAUAGUUGGGAAGUGUUGGAUAUGAUUUGGUGCCUGUGAUUGAUUUAACACUUGUUCCAAAGACUUCAAAUCUUAGUUAUCUGCAGAGACUGGAGUUAUCAGUUUUUCACUAGUGGAGUUUACACGCACUAGGAAUACAGUUGUUGUGUCGGACUUGGAAAAUUUAUUUUUUCGAGGGGAAGUUUUAAUCGGACAAUUAAAUACUGAAAAUCGUGAUAUAGUGACAAUUCGAUAAUAUUUAUGAAAUUUUUUGGAAAUUUUAAAUUUUGCUUAGCUCAACCGUGAGCAUGAUACCACGUUUUGCAUAUCGUUACACAUGGAACCGCGAAAUUGUGAUCAAUUCACAGAAACUUGUUAAAAGACGACGCUAGUUUCUUUAAUUAAAUAUCAAUUUCACCUUUUCGAUCACCGAAGCCUUUCUCUGUAACAAGUCAAAUAUCCUUUAAACAACGAGCAAAAUAAAGCACAAAAAAAGAAACUCUCAAAAUACGAACAUUUUACACAGGAAUUCAUUCUUAGUUUAGUAAAAUGCCAAAUGCUGGGGUUUUUUAAGUGUUUUUAAACGAAUUAUAAAAAGUAAACGAAUAAAUAUUUUCAAAUAGCGUCGUCUUAGUUUAGAUAAUAUAAUUUAAGAUAAAAGUAAUAAUAGCUCGUUAAACGAAAUAUUAAAAAAAGUCUAAAUUUUUUUUUAACAAGAAAAUCUGUGAUCGUCGUUUGCGCUGUGCCUUCCCCUUCAAUCUAAUUGUUUAAAUUUUUGCAAUAAUACUCUUCGUACAAAUAACGUAAGAUCACUAUCGGUUCACAUUAUAUUGCUUACCAAAGUAAGCUUGAAAUUGCUUUAAUACAAAAAAUAACGACCUGUAUCGCGAAAUAUUUUUUAAAUUGCAUUCGAUACACGUCACUAGGAUAAAGGUCAACGAAACUUUUCUUCAAUGAGCACUUACAUGAUGGCAACGUAUGAGCAAUGGCUGGAUGUGAAGCCGAAUGCACAGCCAAUGGAGACCUCUUCAUACAUCACCGAACCGCAUCGUUUUUCCGAAGUACAAGUAGUUAAAUUACAAAAUUCUGAGCUGGCCACAGAAUUGGAGAAAUUGUGUGAUGUUAGUGAAUUAACACAAUUAACACCGCCACAAACUCCACCACAAACACAAAGCUACAUAAAUGAGAUCUUGGAUUUCAUAACACAACAAAGCAACUCCAAUGUAACCGACAAUGCAGUUAUCGAGGAAAUCAUACAGGCAACUUCCCCAGCCAGCUCAUAUGUAGAUUAUUCAUCCGACACAACAAAUUCGCCGGCUUCCUGCCCCGACGACCAAGACAUCUACGUCGCCCAAGGCUCGGAAAUCGUCGAUGAAAUUCUUCGUACCAAGGCGCAAGAUUUACCCGAUUGCAAUGAUGAUAACUCAAUGUAUUCCAACUACUCCUCAUCGGGUAUGUCCCAGUCCACAAAUGACAGCGAGUGGACUCCAUCACCAUCGCCAGGAUCACCCUCCAAAAGCAGCGGCACUAAGUCAUCCUCAACACCAUCUGUAAUUAAUGGCGGCGUUACGAAAAAACGGGUCCGCCCGUACAGUCGUAACGUCGAAGAUAAAAAAUCUAGAAAAAAAGAGCAAAACAAAAAUGCCGCAACACGCUACCGUCAGAAGAAGAAACAAGAAAUGGAGGAAGUCCUCGAAGAAGAACGCCAAUUGACUAUGCAGAACGAGGACCUUGUUCGUACUGCAACCGAAAUUGAGCGGGAAGUCAAAUACUUGAAGAAAUUGAUUAAAGAGUUUUUCAAGGCGAAAUAUUGUUAAGAUUGUAAAUUUGAGAAAUUUUAUCUGUCCCUAUCCUCCUACUCCAUCUACCUCUCCCCAACUAUCCCUCCUAGCACGCAAACAAAUUCGAACCACCUCUAGAUUGAGCUUCUAUUUUAUUAUUUUUCUAUAAAUGUAUCUUUAGUUUUACCGAGCCUACAAGUAGGUGUUUUUUUAAAACCUAUUACUUAUUAAAAAGGUUUUAUUGCAAAGUUGUUUUCAUAAAUACUAUGUAUAUUAAUUAUUAUCUUUGUCAAAUUAUCGCGGUUCCAUCAUCAAAAAAAUCUAAAGGACAUAAACUUCUACAUUCUGGACUGCUUCGUACACUCGACACACUUUGUACACUCAGGUAUUGACGAUUCGUUCAUCAUCACAAAUGCGUUAACAUUUAUGACGAAUUCAUUUUAGAAUUCCGAAGCUUUUUCAGUUACAUAUUUGUUUCGGCGAACGAAUCGAGAUCAAGCACAAGGUCCACAUUUUAGGAAAAAAAUAAAAAUAUAAACCCUUUUUCGAUCAACACCCUGGACCACACACAAAAACAGCACUCAAAACAAACACCUUGUGUUACUUGAGAAGCAGUCCAAUUAUAUAUUUUUAAUAUUUUAUAUAUACAUACAUAAGAUAUAACAUGAUCAUCGAGAUCUUUUGUGUUUUAAAACAUCAAGUACAGUGAAAUAAAUAGUUAAAGGGUUUAUGAAAAAGA